CCCUUUCUUCUCCUUUGCCCCAUUCCCCGCCGCCUCUUUCCCGGUACCUCACGCAACAGCUAUGAUGGCGGCCUGGCCCGGCGGCUUCCCUGGGACGAUACUCCUGCUGUUGGCAUCCCUGUUCUCCACCACCUCCUGGGCUUCGGACGUGACCGGGGGCGGCAGUGGCGGCGGGGAAACAGCCGGCGCCGGCGAGCGGUUCAAGAUCGAAGGUCGCGCGGUGGUGCCGGGGGUGAAGCCCCAAGACUGGAUUGCGGGGGGCCGAGUGCUCGUGGACGGGGAGGAGCAUGUCGGCUUCCUCAAGACAGAUGGAAGCUUUGUGGUUCAUGAUAUUCCUUCUGGAUCAUAUGUAGUUGAAGUUAUAUCUCCAGCUUAUAAAUUUGAACCAGUGCGAGUGGACAUCACUUCAAAAGGGAAAAUGAGAGCAAGAUUUGUGAAUUACAUCAAAACAUCAGAAGUGGUCAGACUACCAUACCCUCUUCAAAUGAAAUCUUCUGGACCUCCUUCUUAUUUCAUAAAGAGAGAGUCUUGGGGAUGGACAGACUUCUUAAUGAACCCCAUGGUUAUGAUGAUGAUCCUUCCAUUGCUGAUAUUUGUACUACUGCCUAAAGUUGUCAAUACAAGUGAUCCUGAUAUGAGACGGGAAAUGGAGCAAUCAAUGAAUAUGUUGAAUUCUAACCAUGAGCUACCUGAUGUGUCAGAAUUCAUGACAAGACUGUUCUCUUCAAAAUCUUCUAGCAAGUCCAGUGGUGGUAGCAGUAAAACAGGGAAAAGUGGUGCAGGAAAAAGGAGGUAGUUCUAUCUUCCCCUGGAACCACAAUUUGCACAGCUCUGUUACGUGGUCUCAUCUGCACGAUCUGUGGAAGAACAGAAAGCCACUACUGUAAUCUUAAUCCAGUAUGAAAUUGGAUAUGAUACAAGUGUUGUGUGUGGUGUAGCUUUUUAAUCUAUUUAAAUAUCUCGUUCUUUAAACACGUGGGGACAUUUAUGUUCUGUAUCUUUGUAAAGUCAGUACUGAUGAUGAGUUAACGCCUUCGUAGAGAAUGAAUUAAAGAAUUUAAAUUAUGGGAAA